AUGGCCUUGACAAAAGACGCUGAGGUCUCGCACACUGUCCAGAACUCAACGGAUCAUGAUGUGGUAGAUUUCUAUCAUCAGAAUGGCAUCGCCGCACAGAACCAAGUGUUACAUCGCAAGUUCGGAUUCUGGUCUGCAUUUGGUAUUUUGUUAUGCUGCAGUGGCGCGUGGGAAGGGCUAGUUGCCUCCCUGGCUCAGUCUCUACACGCCGGUAGCUCGGUGUCCCUGGUGUGGGGAUGGGUUGCGACUUCAGUUGGGAUGAUCUUCAUUGCGUGCUCGCUCGCCGAACUCGCCAGUCGCUUUCCAACAUCUGGCGGACAGUACCAUUGGGUUGCCCAACUCGCUCCUCCACAGUGCAGGAAUUUCUUGAGCUGGUUUACUUGCUGGAUGACCAUAGCUGCCCUCUGGCUAGGCGGUAUUAGCUGCACAAUGGGUGUUGCCGUACAAGUUCAGGCGUACGCUUCACUUGCGAACCCGGGAUAUGUUCCACUCGCCUGGCAUGUAUUCUUGAUCACGGUAUUGAUCACGUGUAUCUACCUUUUCAUAAACAUCUUCUACAUAAAGCUCUUACAUGUGAUGAACAUAGCCCUCAUUGUCGUUCACAUUACCGGCUUUCUCAUUGUGAUCAUCGUCAUGGUUGUAAUGCAGAAGGACAAACACGAUGCCAGCUUUGUCUUCACCCACUUUGAAAAUGGGGUCGGAUGGAGAAGUGAUGAGAUAGCCUGGAUUGUUGGGCUUUUAACUUCCAUCUACGCCUUCUUCUCUUUAGACUCUGCAACUCAUUAUGCGGAAGAAGUUGAGCAUGCAGAAAUUGCAAUCCCUAGAGCCAUGUUGUUACAAGUGCUCUUGAAUGCCUUGAUGACAUUCCCAUUCAUUAUAGCCCUGCUUUUCUGCAUCGGAGAUGUCGACGCAGUACUUGUCUCUCCACUAGGUCUUACGAGCCCCUUCACUCAGAUUUUGUAUAACAUCACAGGCAGCACAGGCGGUUCCAUAUUUCUAGCUAUGAUUAGCACAUACGUUGCCUUCGCGGCCGGUGUGGAUCUCUACGGUGCCGCAGGCCGCAUGGUGUGGUGCUUGGCUCGCGACAAGGCACUUCCACAAGUCUUCUCCAUCGUACACCCGAAAUACGAUGUACCCGUCAACGCACUUCUUUUGAUGUUCUUCCCGACAAUGAUUCUUCCUAUCAUUUAUAUCUGGAACUCAACCGCGUUCUACGGUAUUAUGGCCGGAGUUCUGGUGUUCUUCCAGCUGUCAUACUUCCUGCCAAUCUUCGUAAAUGCCACGUAUGCGCGCUGGAAUGGCAAGCAGCACCCGAGCGCUUGGUCAAUGGGCCGUUUUGGUUGGAUUGUGGAUAUCAUCAGUUGCUUCUGCACUGCGUUCAUUUUCAUUUUCAUGUCAUUCCCGGUCUACAUGCCAUUGACGGCUACAACGAUGAACUAUGCCUCAGUCAUCUUCGGUGCUGUCGCCGUCCUAUCAACCGUUCUUUGGUUCUCUUAUGCGCGCUCCCGAUACAAUGGACCAAUUUACUCACUCGACACUCUACAGCUAAUCGAUGGCCAAGUAGCGCUAGAUGCGGAAAUGACCAUCGUAGAAAAGAAGACAACACACGGCUAG